AUGAUUAUCAUUAGUAGUAAUAACAAUAAUAGUAAUGAUAAUGUUGAAGAAGAAGUAUUGUUGGUGGUAUUACCAAUCACUUUGAUUCAAAGAAUUCUUACAGAGUUAUGGCAGAGUCAAUACCUGCUGGUAACGACAAAGUUACAAUUCUAUCAAACAGUACUGCCAGUGUUUACAUUGCUAUCGAAACGAUUCUUUGUAUUCACUUCGAAUUGUUUAUUUACAAAACAGCGAUUGCAAGUCGAGAGUACUAAUUCAUUGGGUGGUGGUGGUGGAGGUUACAAUGCUGCUCUUUCUAGGACUGUCUCGGCGAUCAAGCAUGCUAUCACCAAUCGGUUAUCGAUAUUUAAGCAUAUUGAAACUCUGACUAUCGAUACUGAAUUGUUUAACUAUUUCAUUCGAGAGACAACAAUCUUCAUCAUCGAUGAUACCCAACAACAGCAAUUGCUAUUGUUGUUUGGACGGGUCCGGUAUCUUACACUGAGGGGUCACCAUAUUAAUAAAAAUGGAAUCAAUACCAUAGUUACGUUUAUGACAAUGUUAGAGUCAUUGGCAUUGAAAGAUGUUUACAUAGAUAUAAAUCAACCGUUUGGAACAGUAACAGUAGAAGAUAGUAGUAUUUCACUUCUAAACAGUAUUCAACUGGCAAUUCCAAGUUUGACAGCCAUCGAUUUAAGUACAACACAUUUUAAUUACAAACCGCAACAACAACAAUUAAUAAUCCAAAAAAACAUUCAUUCUAUAAAAUUACCAAAGAAACCAUUCCCCAAUUCAACAUUUUUCAAAUUUCCACAACCAAAUAAAUUCCAUACAAUUGGAAUAUCAUUGUCAAUAUUAAACAAUUCGAAAAUAUUUCAAUUACCAAGCGGUUUCUUCACAGAGAAUCUGACCAAGUUAAUCAUCUACAAUACAACAAUGCAUUCCGACUGCUACGAUGAUCUCUAUGAGUUCCUUGUUAUGACACCGCAUUGCAGAGUCAAUUAUCUAGCUAUAGAAUAUAAUCAAACAGUUGCAAAUUGGCUAAAGGAAACAAUUCCAAAGUGUCCGACAAUAGAAACAAUCAGAUUUCUCAAAGGAACAGAACAAUGUUUUGGAAAUCAAUUGACAUGCAUCCAACAAUGUAGGAGAAACCUGAGACAACUCAUUACCUAUACCAGUUUCGACCCAUCGAAACUCAAUUAUUUUACACCGCAGUUCAAAAUACACUUUCAACAUUGUAUCUUUCAAAUGGCAUCAAUCAAGAAAAACAAUAAUAAAGAGUUUAUAAAAUAUGUUCUUUCCAUUGAAUGGAAAUGA